GUUUUAGGACAUUGAGCCAAUUAUUAAACUGGUGUGUUUGGUUGACCUGUAUGGUCCUAACACCCAUGUCUUGACCCACCCUUUUAUGACCCGCGAACCCGCGAACCUGGAUUGCCACUGCUAAUCCUGUAAUACCUUAACUAAGAAUCAUGCAGUUAGAUAACUUGUUUUAACUUUAUUGCUAAACUAUAUGCUUAAAAUUUUGGCAGGCAAUACUUGCAAGUUCAUUUGCUAGCCGAGACCAUUCUAGAGCAACAGCUGUUGCAUCUCGUGUUUUGCAGUGGGGAAUGAUUUUAGGUUUAUUCCUCUGCACCGUACUCGGAGUAGGCUUGCAUUUUGGUUCAAGGUUAUUCACCAAGGAUGCUGAUGUGCUUCAUCUCAUCCACAUAGGGAUUCCGUUUGUGGCGCUAACUCAACCAAUCAACGCUUUGGCUUUUGUUUUUGAUGGCAUCAACUAUGGGGCAUCAGAUUUUGCAUACGCUGCCUAUUCCAUGGUCCUAGUGGCCAUCAUAAGCAUUAUUUGCUUACUCAUACUCUCCGUUAGUCAUGGUUUCAUUGGAAUCUGGGUAGCUUUGACGAUCUACAUGAGUUUAAGAAUGUUUGCUGGUUUCUGGAGGAUAGGAACCGCGAGGGGGCCCUGGACAUUUCUUCGGCGUUUAUCAUAGCCCUCUUGUUAGAAUUUCAUUUUCCAAUUGAUAUGUGAUAAGAGAUUAGGUACUCAAAUAGCUCGACGAUGAAAGGUAUCACCUGCCCAUAGUGCACUGUCUCUUUCACAUUAGCUUUCUGUGUCUCCUUUGUGGGUUGAUAUGUAUAUACGAAUUAUGCAUUCAUGA